CCUGCUCCUUGAACUUUAUUUGUUACCAUUUAACUAAAUAAAACUUGAUUUCUACAGAUAAAGCAGCAGUUUGAGGAAUUUCAGGUUUUCAGUUAAAUAUCACAGCAGUAGUUGGCGGUUGGUAGAAAGUAGGUCUGUGUGUCAGCGGAGCGUUUCCGGGUUCUACUGCCGAGUUUCCAUCACUUGCUCCAGCUUCCUUCCUCCUGUAAGUCAGCCUCAGGCAGCUCCAGAUGCCCGAAAACCGAACGGAACCAGCGCCGAUAAGCAACCCCGGUUCAUGUCUACUCCCUGAAAGCCGAAGCUAGAGGAGGGACAGCGGGUAGCAACGAUGGCGGCGUCGCUUCUCUCGGAGACCGACAUCAGGCACCGGUCCAUGGCGGAGGAGGAUCCGAACGGGAACGAGCAUGGGGCGGCUGCACACAGCGCGGCGCCUCGCUGGGGGCCGCAGCACGCCGGGGCCCGACAGCUGGCCCGGCUCUACUCCCGAGGUAAACGAGUCCAGGAGUGGGUGUGUGUGAUUUUGUGCCUCUUCCUCUUCAUCAUCAACCUCUAUUUCCUCCUCCUGCACUUCUCCACCGUUCACAUCUACAAGAUCAUCCUCGGCAUCGUUUUGGGAAUAGUGACAGCAGAUUUUGCCUCGGGGAUUGUUCAUUGGGGAGCUGACACCUGGGGAUCUGUGGAUAUCCCUGUUAUUGGGAAGGCUUUCAUCCGACCGUUCAGGGAACAUCACAUCGACCCAACCGCCAUCACUCGGCACGAUUUCAUCGAAACCAACGGCGACAACUGCAUGAUCCCCGUCCUGCCGCUAGCUUAUAUGGCCUACAAAUUCCUCACACACACACCAGAGGCCUUGGCGGCGUCGUACCCCUGGGACUGCUACGUCUUCGCCCUGGCGGUUUUUGUGACAUUAACCAAUCAGAUCCAUAAGUGGAGCCACUCCUACUUCGGCCUCCCACGCUGGGUCACUCUGCUUCAGAACUGGCACCUAGUGUUACCACGGAAACACCACCGCAUCCACCACGUAUCUCCACACGAGACGUAUUACUGCAUCACCACAGGUUGGUGCAACUAUCCGCUGGACCAGCUGGGUUUCUGGAGACGGAUGGAGCGGCUGAUCGAACACCUGACGGGCCAGAGACCACGAUCAGACGACAUGGCAUGGGCCAAGAAAACCGACUGACAAAUAAACCCAGUAAAACCAGUUACAACGGGGAGUUGGAUGUGUAAUUGCAAUACGCAGCUGUGGAAUGAUGGCAGGAUGGUUCAGAAUGGACACAAACAUUUUCUGAUAUCUCUGCGCUUCUUGCUGUUUUUCUGCUUCAGAGCAACGUUCUAAUAAACGAUGUGUGCAACGAAAGAAAAACUUGAUGUUGGUGGAAAAGCUUUCUGGAUGUUCUGCAUCCAUCGGUCUGUUGACCUAUUUGACCCCUGAGGUGUGUGUUUAGUGGUGGUUCAGGUUUCUGGAGGUUAGCCUCUCCAGAAGAGACCAUGCGCUGUUUAUGACCAACAGCUUCUUACACCAACACUUAAGGAAGGGAAACACCCAUUUGGCGUAUCUCUCUUCUCUUUUGUUCUUGGUUUACUGGGAUCAUUUUCGACAGCCCUGUCAGAAACCACCAAGCAGGUAAAAUUAUGAUUUAAAUAUGGCUGAGUUGCCACAGGAGGGUCAGAAUCUGAUCAUUUUCUGACUGAUCAAUCUGAUUCUUUGGGAACUAAAUUAACUCUAAAGAUUUAACAUGUAUCUGAUGAAUUCAAUACGUGAUCUUCUGUUAUCUGUUUUAACGCAUCUCCAUGGACACCACCUAAAUUCAUCCUAAUGACUACUGUUGGGUGUUAUGAUUCUUCAUGGAGCAGAUGUUGGUUAGAUUAUGGCUCGUUUUUACUUUCUUAUCUUCACUAUAACAUUAGAGAUGAAUUCAUGCUUUGCUAGAAACAAACCAUGUCAGGAUCCUGAACUGCACUCAACUGUGAAUAUCAGUCCAAAAUCAAAAGAAAAAUAAGAUUACUGAUGAGCAUAAGUUAAAAACAUAGGAUCCAUCUGUCUGUCCAUCCAUCAACAAACCCCCACAAAUCUUCCAAUCAACCAACCCAGAUGAGCCAACCAACCCUAACUAAAUAGACCACCCAACCCACCCAACUAAUCCAGUCUAGUCAAAGUCCCACUAUUGUGGGGGAGUGGUGGCCUAGUGGUUAAAUGCAAAGGAUAAUUUCUUCAUUGUGAGAUGAAUAAAGUCUAAAUUAUUAUUAUUAUUAUUGAUUGUCGAAGCCUAAGCAGAGAUCCCCUGAUCUUCUACUCACGGCUCACUUCUUCCAGCUCAUCAGGAGAGACUCUGAGGCGUUCCUCAUCCAGUUAAAUUAUGCACUGGGUUAGUUCAAUAAUCAAGCAAAGACCACAACGUUUUCCAUCUCUUAAGUCAUUUUUAAAGGAUAAUCCACAGAUGUUGGGUUUAUUUACUGUGUCAGAUGUAAGCUGUAAGUCAGCUGUGUAUAGUCACCAAAAGGGGAGAUUUUCCUUAACAUUUACCAACAAAUUAACAGAGAGGUGGCUGGCAUAGAGAAACAUCUUUGAAACAUGCGGUUUUUGUCACAGUUAUCAAGUUAAUAUGUAAAUUAUCUAGAUAACAUCUAUCAUACUUUCAACCUGGAGGCAUGUUCUGCACAGCUGUUGUUUGUUCUGUGGUUUUGUUUGGGUCUUUAUGUCCAGUCAGGAUCUUCCACCAAUCCUCUACAUGAGAUCAGGUUUUGGUGUAAGUAGUAGAUCUUACAGAUAAAUACAAAUAAAAUGUCCUGAAUUUUAAAGACAAAGUAGAAACGAACCAAGUUAACGUUGUUGCAGGUGCUUGUAAUGGAAGGUGUAACUCACUAGGUGGCGCUGCUGUCAAACAGGGUAACAUAUUUUCACAGUUAUCAGUGAGAUUUUAGAGCUUAAAAAGGUUUCUACAUUCAGACUCAACAAACCCAUAAGCAGAAGCAUGAAAAUUGCAGUAUUUUCUUUUCUUUGAUAUAGCGACUGAUGUUAGUGAUUCUUGAUAUAUUUUCCAAAGAAAGCAAAUAAGUUUUAAAUUGAAAAUAAGAAGUCCAUCCCCUUUUUGGAGCUCCUCAUCUUAGCCAUCCUUUACAGAUGAAACACUGUGAUCUCACACACAAUAAUCAACGUCUUGAUUUAAACUCAUUUCAUGGCUGCAGUUUCCAGUCCACAUGUAGAGUUUAUACAACAAAAAUUGGGGAUUUUUUUUGUCUACUUUCACCCAGCGUGUCUACCUCCUGCUGUAGGAGCUACAGUUCCCUGUCAGAUCAGCUCAGAGUGCAAAGACCAGCAGACUGAAUUACUCCUGUUAUAUUUCUGCCCUGAACUUUUCUUUCCAAGCUGGAACUGAGGGUCUCUUUAACACUGCAGACACAAACAUUUACAUCUCUAUCUACCAGAGCGUUCUACAGCUCAUGAUUUUAAUGUUUGUUUGAUGCUUAAAUUUAUGUUUGCUGUUCACAAAAUGCAGAAAUCUCCAUAGCAACCAGUGACUUGGCAUUUUCUCUGGUUACUCAGCUGCUUUGUUUUUGUAUUAAUCCGUCAGGCUUGGUGUCAUAGGCCGCGAUAAUUUGAAGUUAUUGUGUGAUCCCUGAUUAAAAAUGAUUAAAUCAGGAAUUGAGAGGUGCUUCAGAGGAAAAACAGGAAGUGAUUUUAGGUUGGACUUCUAAAAAUAAAGCUGAAACCUUUCAAAAUAGAAGUCUCUGGGAUUUAGUACUACAAAAGUACGCUUCAAAUUCUUAACAGGUUUUUCACACAGAAGCUGCAGAGGAUUCACAUUUGGUGGGACGUCUGAAUAAAACUUUAAAAUCUCCCAUCUACCAGGUCAAGUCGAGUCAAAUUUAUUUAUAUAGUGCUUUAAAUUUAUUUAUAUAGCGCUUUUCAGCGACAAGGCACUCAAAGCGCUGAAGGUGAAUGUUGUGUUUCAGUUUUGACGUCAGGUUUUGCAACAAUAAAAAACCCCAACAGGUCAGACAUGUUGGUCAUGUAGUUGGAACCGAAAAUGUAAAAUCUUUCAUAAUCCCGUCUUUGUUGUUAAGCUCUGAUGUUUUUAUGAAAGUGUUUGAUUUCACAGUUUUAUUGGCUGCAGAGGGAGCCUGUUUCAGACUGAACCUGAGCAUGAAGUCACGUUUCUGGGGACAGAAAUUCCCGCUCAGAGCAGGUGUUCCCUUGGAUGAUAAAAUCUUUGGUUUGCUUCUGUAACCGUCCGCUGCACAGUGAAGCUGCUUCGCUCUCAGCUUCAUUUCUGAAAGAUGCUUCAAUCACAGGUCAACAAAGAAAGACAACAACAGCACUUUAUGGUUUUACUAAGUGAACAUCUUUAACUCUUUACACUUGGAUAGAUAAAAUCACAAUUAAUGCAUGGACACUGACAGAACGAUGCAGCUGCGCUCUGUGUGUUCUGUUGUUUUCUGGCUUUAUAAUUUUAUAUUUUUUUAUGAACGGAUCGAGCCUUGUUUAGUUCUGUUCUGCAGCUCGCUGCUGGAUUGCCUUAAUGUUUUUUUAUCUGCUCUUUGAUUUAAAUAAAGAUUUAGUAACUCC